UUGCUCCCUCACGCGUCCCAACCCCACCCAUUCUCCUUCAUCCCUUAUAUAUACCCACCUCUCUCUCACACACACUUGUUCACAUCACAACUCACAAUCUUCUUCUUCUCUACAAAAAUGGCUUCUUCUUCUUCUUCUUCUUCUUCUUCUUCUUCUUCUUCUGUGAAUAGGUUUUUCGUGCCAUUACUUGUUGGCAUAGUGGUUAGUUCAAUGGUGGUUGCCUGUGCUGGUAACUUCAACCAAGAUUUUGAUCUAUCAUGGGGUAGUAACAGAGCUAAGAUCUUCAAUGGAGGCCAGCUUCUAUCUCUGUCUCUAGACAGAGUCUCUGGCUCUGGCUUUCAGUCCAAGAAAGAAUACCUUUUUGGGAGGAUUGAUAUGCAGCUUAAGCUCGUUGCUGGCAAUUCUGCAGGAACAGUCACUGCUUACUAUUUGUCAUCCCAAGGGCCAACCCACGAUGAGAUCGAUUUUGAAUUUUUGGGAAACUUAAGCGGUGACCCUUACAUUCUUCACACCAAUGUCUACACUCAAGGCCAAGGCAACAGGGAGCAACAGUUCUAUCUCUGGUUCGACCCCACCAGAAACUUCCACACUUACUCCAUCAUCUGGAAGCCCCAACACAUCAUAUUCUUGGUGGAUAACAUCCCCAUCAGGGUUUUCAAGAAUGCAGAGUCUCUGGGUGUUCCUUUCCCGAAGAACCAGCCGAUGAGGAUCUAUUCAAGCUUGUGGAAUGCUGAUGACUGGGCCACAAGAGGAGGAUUGGUGAAGACUGAUUGGUCCAAAGCACCCUUCACAGCUUAUUAUCGCAAUUUCAAGGCCACAGAGUUCUCAUCCAAGUCUGCAAGCUCGUUCUCUGACGCAGCAUGGCAGAGCAAUGAGCUUGAUGCAUAUGGAAGAAGAAGGCUGAGAUGGGUUCAGAAGUACUUCAUGAUCUAUAACUACUGCAAUGAUCUCAAGCGAUUCCCACAGGGUCUCCCCACAGAGUGUAGGCAUCCGAGGUUCUGAUGAGAGGUGAAGAAUGUUUAUUAUGGCUUUCAGUCGGGCUUUGUAAAAUAUUAUAUGGCUAUCUUAUCGCUAUUCUUUUAUUUUAAGUUUCGCUUAUAUAGUUAUUUACUUAUUAAGAGGUUCUGAAUAAAUUAAUUCUUCGUACCA